CAGAAGCUGGGGCUAACAUUGGGAGCUCACCCCGCUUCCCGGAUUCGAACCGCCGACCUUUCGGUCAGCAAGUUCAGCAGCUCAGUGCUUUAACACACUUCGCCACCGGGGCUCCUUUAACUCUACAUCUUUGCUUAUCUUUGGUAGAGCUGCAAUGUUAACCUUGGAGAUGCCAUUCAUGGAAGUCCUGAGCCAUAUCACUGCAACCGAAGCCCUCCUUGGCGUAGCUGUUUUCUGUUUGUUCUUCAUGUACGUGAAGUCCUUCCAGAACCGGAUUCCCAAGGGUUUGAAGAAAAUCCCAGGGCCGACGGGGUUCCCAUUGAUCGGCAACGCAUUGCAGAUGGGGAAAUAUCCCCACCUGAGCCUGACACGGAUGAGCCAGAAAUACGGAGACGUGAUGAUGAUACAUAUCGGGAACACGCCGGUGUUAGUGCUGAGUGGGCUGAAGACCAUACACCAGGCUUUGGUGAGACAAGCGACCGAGUUCAUGGGACGUCCCGAUCUUUAUAGUUUCCGUUGCAUCGCAAACGGGGAGAGCCUUGGUUUUGGCCGAGACUCCGGAGAAGUGUGGCGCGCCCGGCGCAAAAUGGUCCAGAACGCCCUCAAGGCCUUUGCCACCUCGCCUAGUUCCAAUUCCUUUUCAACGUACCUCGUAGAAGAACACGUCUCCAAAGAGGCCAACUACCUGAUCGAGAAGUUCCAAGAGGUGAUGCUGGAGAAACAGUCCUUCGAUCCCUACGAGCACAUCUUGGUCUCCACGGCCAACAUCAUUUGCGCCAUGUGUUUCAGCAAGAGCUACCACCACGACGACGAAGAGCUCCUCGGCAUCGUCAACACCAGCGAAAAGUUUGUGGAAGUGGCCACCUCCGGGAACUUGGCCGAUUUCAUCCCGCUGCUUCGAUAUCUUCCAAUGAACAGCAUGAAGAUGUUUCACGAAUUCAACCGGAAGUUCUACACUUUCAUGCUUAAGGAGAUUAAGGAGCACUAUGAGAGUUUCAGCAAGGAUAGUAUCCGGGACAUCACCGAUUCUCUUAUCGAUCAAAGCCAGAAAAUGUUUUCUAUCUCAUCUGAAAAUCUAUUCAGCUUUCUCAAUGACCUUUUUGGAGCUGCAUUUGACACCGUGACUACUGUUAUGUCCUGGGGCCUUAUGUACCUUGUCGUUCACCCUGAAAUCCAGAAGAAGAUCCAAGAAGAAAUAGACGAAGUCAUUGGUAGAGCACGGAAACCCCGGCUAUCGGACCGACCUCUGAUGCCUUACACCGAAGCUUUCAUUCUGGAAGUGUUCAGACAUUCCUCUCUUCUCCCUUUUACAAUUCCCCAUUGCACAACUAAGGAAACAGUCUUAAAUGGUUACUACAUCCCAAAGGACAUCUGUGUCUUCAUCAACCAGUGGCAAGUCAACCACGAUGAGAAUCUUUGGAAAGAUCCUUCUUCCUUCAACCCGGAGCGCUUCCUUUCCACGGAUGGCAAAGACGUCAACAAGGACGAGAGUGAGAAAGUGUUGAUCUUUGGUCUGGGGAAGAGACGAUGCAUCGGGGAGCCGAUUGCCCGAUGGGAGAUUUUCCUCUUCUUGACCUUUUUGCUCCAAGAGUUGGAAUUCAGCGUCAAGGAGGGAGUGAAAGUGGACAUGACCCCGCGCUAUGGCCUCUCCAUGAAAGUCAAGCGAUGCCCACAUUUCCAGGUGAAACAGCGGUCUCUGAAGAACAAGUAAAUGGCAAACCUGCGUCAAGAAAAUAACUUUCUUAUAAAGGUCCAAACAUGGCUUUGGUCACCCCACCGUCAAGUCCCCAAAUUUUCAUAUACUUUAACAUCUAUAAGUUUUUGAAGUCAGAAACACAGAAACUAAGCUCAAAUGUCGUAUCCCAAGAUGCGCAACACAUUUCUAAUCUCUUCACUAUGACAGUUAACUAAAAUUAUAUUUUAAUUUAAAAAUCCACAUUAAUCCCCAUGCAUAAAAUUCCACGAAAUUAUUUCGAAUCUUUCAGCUAAAAUUAUUGUAAUCAUUUAGUCUAAUGUAAUCAUUUCUGACUGUCAAAUUUUGGUCCUUUUUGGAAUCAUCAGGAAUCUUUCAAUCCCGCAAAACAGUGCUCAUUACAGUAGAGUCUCACUUAUCCAAGCUGAACGGGCUAGCAGAAGCUUGGAUAAGCGAAUAUCUUGGAUAAUAAGGAGGGAUUAAGGAAAAGCCUAUUAAACAUCAAAUUAGGUUAUAAUUUUAUAAUUAAGCACCAAAACAUCAUGUUAUACAACACAUUUGACAGAAAAAAGUAGUUCAAUGAGCAGUAAUGUUAUGUUGUAAUUACUUUAUUUACAAAUUUAGCACCAAAAUAUCAUGAUAUGUUGAAAACAUUGACUACAAAAAUGGCUUGGAUUAUCCAGAGGCUUGGAUAAGCGAGGCUUGGAUAAGUGAGACUCUACUGUAUUUUGUUGUGAGAAACAUAAUUCAUUGGGUUGCUGUGAGUUUUCCGGGCUGUAUGGCCAAUGAACAAAAUCUGGCUCCCAAUAUUAAUAAACUCUAAAAUCAGGAUAGUAAAUAUAGAACAACACUCAAAAACAAGGGAAUUCCAGACAUGAAAUAAUCAGGGCCAGCUAACACCUCCCAACAAAGGAUUCCCCCAGGCAGGGAGCAGCCAGGCUUUGAAGCUGCAAGGCUAUUCAAUGCUAAUCAAAGCUAGCUAAUGGCAACAUUCACACUUGUCUCAAGCAGACAAGAAUUCUGGACUUUCCACAGAUAUAUAUACCCCACUUGACUAGUCUCCAACAGACCUAAUUACCUCUGAAGAUGCCUGCCAUAGAUGUGGGUGAAACAUCAGGAGAGAAUGCUUCUGGAACAUAGCCAUACAGCCUGGAAAACUCACAGCAACCCAGUGAUUCCGGCCAUGAUAGCCUUCAACAACACAUUGAACGUAAUUCAUUGAUUUGUUGAUGACUUGGUGAUAGAUUUGGAAAAUCCUUUGUGAGCAUAGAUGUGCUAAUGAGGUUAAAUGCUUAUGUAUUACUAUGACAAACGUGAAUUGUAUACUGCUUUAAAGCAACCAUAUUUUAUGCUGCAGAAUAAAAAUAAAUUUAAAAAUUACUAUCAACUUUACCUUUUCUGUAACCAUCAUGAAACAUCAGCAAAGGUGUCCAAUGAUACCCAGAAGCUCCACAAAGUUCUCCGCAAACCCGCAGUGGCGCAUCAUGUUGUGACAUGAGUCCUAUAAGCUCCUUUGAGAACAUGAAAAAGGC